CUCUACUAAAAAUACAAAAAUUAGUCGGGCAUGGUGGCAGAGACCUGUAAUCUCAGCUACUCGGGAGGCUGAGGGAGGAGAAUGGCUUGAGCCCAGGAGCUGGAGGUUGCAGUGAGCCGAGAUUGCACCACUGCACUCCAGCCUGGGCGACUGAGUGGAGCGGAACUCUGUCUCCAAAAAAAAAAGUUUUUUUUAAGAUCAUCAGCUAUUGUUAGUGUUAGUGUAUGUUAUGUGUGGCUCAAGACAACUUUGCUUCUUUUAAUAUAGGCAGGGAAGUCUAAAGAUUGGAUAUCCCUGCUUUAUACCAAGAAAGACAGCACCCCACAUUUGCAAUGCCUAAAAACACUACCAGCCAUCUGAAAAAGAUGAGACUUGUAACUUCUGUUCUUUUUUGUAGCAGUGGAAUCCCACGGUGAUAUCUGAGGGAUGUGGUUACCUUUUGGAGGAGGUUGACGGUUUCUAAGGAUGAUUCUUUCUGAGUGAAAUAUUGUCGGUGUCAUUGACCUUUUCAUUAUUUCAACUAUUAUUAUUCCAGGUUAUCAAUACUCUGGCUGUCUAUCAUCAUCGUGAGACUGACUUUUGUGGAGGAGUUCGAGACCACCCUGGCCAACAUGGCAAAACCCCAUCUCCACAAAAAUUGGAUAAUUUGAUAAUUAUCAUUAUUGGGUUUCUGAGACCUUACACAUUUACCAUUCUCUUCUGCACAAAUUACCUUUGUGUGUCUUUCCUGAAGACUAUCUUCUGGUCUCGAAAUGGACAUGAUGGAUCCAUGGAUGUACAGCAGAGAGCCUGGAGGUCCAACCGAUGUAGACAGGAAGGUAUGGCUCUGUUGGAGUCCCCAUAGUGUGGAAAUGAGUUUGCCCUGGAAAGGGAAAGAACAGCUUCUUGCCCUCAGGUUUCUCACCUUCUCCUCUCCUCACUCUCACCAAGGGCUGAGGUCCAUUUGUAUGCACACAAAGAAAAGAGUUUCUUCCUUUCCAGGAAAUAAAAUUGGCCGGAAAGACGUCAUUACUCUACAGAGACAUGUGAAAAGAAAAGUUAGAGCUAAAAUCCAUAAGAUGAAGGUGACAACGAAAAUCAACCAUCAUGACAAAAUCAAUGGAAAGAGGAAGACCGCCAGAAAACAGAAAAUGUUUCAACGUGCGCAAGAGUUGCGGCGGCGGGCAGAGGACUACCACAAAUGCAAAAUCCCCCCUUCUGCAAGAAAGCCUCUUUGCAACCGGGUCAGAAUGGUGGCAGCGGAGCAUCGUCAUUCUUCAGGAUUGCCCUACUGGCCCUACCUCACACCUGAAACUUUAAAAAACAGGAUGGGCCGCCAGCUACCUCCUCCAACUCAACAACGUUCUAUAACGGAUAACUCCCUGAGCCUCAAGACACCUCCCGAAUGUCUCCAUCGUCCCCUUCCACCCUCAGUGGAUGAUAAUAUCAAGGAGUGUCCUCUUGCUCCUCUUCCACCCUCUCCUCUUCCACCCUCAGUGGAUGAUAAUCUGAAGGAAUGUCUCCUUGCUCCUCUUCCACCCUCUCCUCUUCCACCCUCAGUGGAUGAUAAUCUGAAGGAGUGUCUCCUUAUCCCUCUUCCACCCUCAGUGGAUGAUAAUCUGAAGGAGUGUCUCCUUAUCCCUCUUCCACCCUCAGUGGAUGAUAAUCUCAUGACUCCUCCCUUAGCUACUCAGGAGGCCGAGGCGGAAAAACCACCCAAACCCAAGAGGUGGAGGGUGGAUGAGGUGGAACAAUCACCGAAACCCAAGAGGCGGAGGGCGGAUGAGGUGGAACAAUCGCCCAAGCCCAAGAGGCAGAGGGAGGCCGAGACACAAUUACCCAAACCCAAGAGGCGGAGGUUGAGUAAGCUGAGAACAUGCCAUUGCACUCAAGCCUGGGCAAUAAGAAUAAAUCCGUGGGUCGAAAAAAAGAAAAAAAUCAAAAAAUAAAACAAAACCCACACUCCAAAAACAAACUAACAAAGAAUAAAUAAAUAAUAUAAAAAUAAAAUAAA